UUCUUGGAACCCAGACAGACUGAAAUAGGUGAACUGAGUUGCUGUUCUAAGUCCUUAUAAAAUUACUUGGUUUAGCAUCAUGUCGAAAAGAGUUACAUCGAAGCCAACUGUAUCAGAUAGUAGCGAUUCAGAUGAAGAAGAGAUCAAACCAAGAAAGAACAAGCCUAAAAAAUCGAAAAAGGAGAGUGGCACCGAACAUACAGAGCCGGGUGUGUUUGAGUUAACUAACAAACGUAGAGUAACUGUGCGAGAGUUUAAAGGCAAAAUCCUGGUUGACAUUAGGGAGUUCUAUGAAGAUAGCGCUGGUGAAAUGAAGCCAGGAAAAAAAGGGAUAUCACUGCAGCUGGAUCAGUGGGAAACUUUGAAGAAUCAUAUAGCUGAUAUUGAUGAGGCAAUCGAAGAGAUGAAGUAAUAUUUGUUAGUACAAGGUCUUAUAUCACAGCUCAAUGUGAUAUUGAUGUCAACAAGUCUGGAUUGAUACCUAGAUUAUCACCUCUUUCAUUUUAAGACAAUUUGCAAAAAGUGUAUCAAAUGUUGUGUUUCACAAUUUGUUUUGUUCACGUAUUGAAAAAUCCUCUUAUUGUGACCUUGGAAGGCAUGUGGCCGAUUUUGGUUCUAAAUAAAAAAUGUU